AUGAUCCACGGCGUUUUGUUGGUGUCGCUUCUGCCGGUGGCCUUCGCCCUGCCGCCACCUGAAGGAGUUCACCUGAAGAGGGCUCGCCACCUUCCCGCCAGUCAUGAAGUCCGCUCUUCGUCUUAUUUCUCAAUAACCUCCCUAUUUCAGGACAAACAGCUCGAGCCACCGCCAAACCUGAAGAUCCGUUCGAGGAUGAUGGCAGCCAUGAACUCGGUAGGUGUAUCAAUCAAGAAACGUCUCAUUUUUGGAUUACUCCAAUCAACUAAAUUGGAGUGGAGCUCCCUUUCUAUGAGUAUUCUUGGAACUAGAACCAUUGCUUGUCACCUAUUCACUUAAAUAACGAGUCGAAAUUUUGCCGAUUUUCGAUUGCCGCACAUCUCUUUCUGAAGCUUGAGGAAGUUCUGUCAAAGACAAAAAAAAGGAAGAAUUUAAAGAAAUGACUACUUUUAGAAUCGAUCAACCGCUUCUCCCGAGAAGCCAGAACGGCCGUUGGUUUUCACCAAGUUUCGAAAGAUUAACAAGGGGGUUAGUAUUAUUUGUCAAAGUAGCGGAGAAUAUGUGAACUACUAGUUUUUUAAGAGUUAUAAAUUGUUUACAGGAGCAAAAACCAACUAUUGAAGUGAUAACUUCAGCUCCUUCGACUACAGUGAAACCCGAAAAGACAGGCAAAGAUGUAAGGCUUUUUAAAGAUGUAUUUUAAUGGCUUUAAAGUGAAGAUGACUUUUCAAGACCUUGUUAUUUCACUUUUUUGUAAUUAUUUUACAAAUCCACGAUUUAUUUAUCCUUUUAUAGACUUUUUUCAGAGCUUUGUUUUCUUUUUGCUGUUGAAGUUCACAGGUGUUUAAUAGGAAAAAUAAACUUCGAAAUUAUCAAAGAAAAAAAUUUUUCAUCUUUAUUUAAAUAUUUUUUUCUUUUUGACGAUCCAUGCAUUCGUGAAAGUUUUUGAAAAAAAUAAGAGGGUUCGGAAAAAAAGUAGGGUUAAGGGUUGAAGAAAGCUUAUGAGCUGAAAGCGGCCGGGAAAUUAUUUUUUUUUCUGUUUACGAUUUACAAUAACUUUUGAAAAAACAAAUUUCUACUGAGGUCCCAGUUUCAGUCAGGAGAGCGUGUGAAUCUUGCCGUCCGGCCUUUCUUGCAGACCAAUUUCGUCGACGCCAACGGCCACAUCGUCCAUGACGUCAUUGCGAUUCCGAUUCGCGUCUCCGACGGACAUAUUCAUGCAAUCACGUACGUUAAUGAAUGAUUAGGAAAAAUAUGCAGAAAUCGAACUUUUUUGCGAGAGAAAACCAGCGUUAACAUGACUUGAAAUUUUCAAAGUAUUUUUCUUGGGGCUCGACUUGGAGCAUCUUUGUUGUGGGUGGAAUGGCUUGAGGAGGCUGUUUCUCUAAGAUACCGCUAGGCGACCGUGACGCGUCCAAGAAUUCCACUUGCGAUCUUGAAAUUCCAAGUGAAGAGUAAUCAGUGUUGCUAGAUCCAUUUCUUCAACCGUUUACUUCAGAAGGAAGCCCAAUGCGACAGCGUCUUCGGCCGCCGUCGAAGCCGAAGACAAGGACGUCAGCGUCAAAUUCCAACCAUCUCAAACGGCUCUCUAA